UCAUGGAUUGUGAAGCCCAGCGCAUUAUGCUUUCUAUUAUUCAGGGCAAGUCGCCGUCUUCAACAGAAGCGGCUGUUCUGUCCACUUAUGCUACCCAAAAGCAAGCAAGUCUGAUGAUACCAGAGACCAGCAUCCCAGAUGCAGUGCUGCGUACCAGUUCGGCUGCCAAUAAGCAAAUACCAGCAAGUGAUGGAGGGUGCAUGGAGGCUGGACCAUCAUGCAUUCCAACUGGGGGUGGUGGUACAGAUGUAAUCCUGCAAAGAAGUUUGUCAUGCAUUACACCAGCACCAAAUAACGGGAAGGCGCAAGCUCAGGCGAGACUAUCGGGCAUCAGGAAAGGAGGUGGUGCUGCUGAAUGGACCGAGGGACAGACAAAGCUGCUGCUAGAGUACUACUAUAAGUACUUCCCACAGAUUGGCCCGUUCAAGAAAUUUAAAAACAAGAAACAGGCUUUCAAGCAAAUCUCCAUGGAUGUUGAAGCUAUACUUGGCAUCAAGAAAACACCAGAACAAUGUGAGAACCGCUACAAGACUGUGAUCAGACGUCGCAAGGCUGCCUCAGACAACAACAACAGAUCUGGAGCAUCACCGAGCCCUGUGCCAUUCGACGACGAGAUUCGCAAAAUAGAAACCAUUGACGACAGCAUUGAACCAGAAGUGCAAAGAGAUGCCUCAGGGGUUAUUUUCAAGGACUCACCGGAAUCUCCAAGCCUUGUCUCACCAAAUGCAGAGAGCAUUGAGAAAAGUGAAAGCCAGUCGCCAAAUGCUGAUGUAAAACCGCGUUCAAGCACUGUACGCCUGCAACACAUGCAAUUGUUUUUUUCUGAAAUGAAGGCAAUAAAUGAAGAGCGGGAGUGUCGGAAAGCUGCCAGAGAUGCCGAGAAAGAAAACCGCAGAGCUCAACGGCAAGUAGAGCGACAGGCACUUCUUGACGAAAGGCGCAAAAUGCACAAUGAGAAAAUGGAAAUUUUGCGUCAAGCCUUCGGUCUUCAGAAAUAAAAUAUUUCAUAUUCAGGACUAGUACAAGAGACGUUGAAACGACGGGACAACAUGCAAAAAUUGCGAGUUGUCCUGCCCUUUAUGCUUUUGAAUUCCGUGUUAUGUGCUAGUCCUAAAUAUGUCUACUAUACAAC